GAAGCCAGUCAAGCAGAAGCUUCCUCUUCUCCACUCUUGUUUCUCUCUCAACACUGUCUCUCUGUAUAAGUACGUCAACAAAAGCGUUCUCUUCGCAAUUUUAAGUUCAUUUUGUUGUAAAAAAUUUCCUUCAUGGGGUUUCCGGUUGGUUACACGGAAGUUUUCUUACCAAAACUCUUCGUUCACACGCUUUCCUUCCUGGGUUUCAUCCGAAGUCUAAUUUUUGCCCUUUUUAACUACCUUGGACUCUCCGAUUUCCUCGAGACAGACACCGUCUGGCCGGAGAACCCGACCCGAACAACCCCCGAGAACCCGCCCGUAUCCGCUCUCCUGAUCCGGGAAAUCCUCCCCGUUAUAAAGUUCGAGGAACUUGUCGUCGUGGGGGACCCGCCGGAGAGCUGUGCCGUUUGCUUGUACGAGUUCGAAGGUGGGGAAGAGAUCAGGUGGUUGAGGAACUGUAGGCACGUUUUCCAUAGGGCGUGCUUGGACCGUUGGAUGGACCAUGAUCAGAAAACUUGUCCGCUUUGUCGGACACCCUUUGUUCCUGAUGAGUUGCAGGAUGAGUUUAAUCAACGGCUCUGGGCUGCUUCUGGGGUCGGUGAUUUUUACAGUGAGUACAGUUCGGUUCCGGGAUUGUAGAUUUUUCUUUAGGCGGGGAAGGAGGGGGCCGGUACUUGUUUUGUUUUAUCCAAUGGCUUUUUUUGUAACGAGCUUAGUGAAAAUUGUACAUAUUACAUGACAAGUUGGUGCAUAGCCAAUAAAAAAAAGAAAAAAAAAGGAUAAAAGUUUUGCAUAUACAGUUCUUACAGUUUGAAUGCUA